CUACGAACCACACCUCACACCCCACCAGCCACGAUGAUCUGGUUUACAAUCAUCCUUGGUCUCCUGGCGCUGUCUUUCGCGGACUCCCUAAAUAACCUCUUCAAGAAUGUUCGCGUGGCGCAGCGCUCGGGUCUUCCUUAUGUGGUGUCUGUCAUCUCCCCAAGCAUCGCCUUUAUGGCAUUCUUCAAUACGCCCUGGUUCUCGUACAUGGUAGAACACUGGCUCCCCGCACGACCAGCGGAUAUCGUUUAUGACACGCUGAUAAACUUUCGCUGGAGGGUCAAGGAUCGGCAGGCAAGAAGAUAUGGAGAUGUGUACUUGCUUGUCUCGCCAAAGGGGAUCUUCUGUAGCGUUGCCGACGCGGCGGUGGUGUCUCAGGUUGUUCAUUCUCGGCAGAGCUUUACCAAGCCGAUUCAUCAAUACAAGGUGCUGGACAUGUACGGGCCGAAUGUCGUCACUUGUGAAGAUGCGGAAUGGGCACAUCACCGUCGAUUCACGGCAACGACUUUCAACGAGAAGAACAAUGCCUUGGUGUGGAGGCAAGCUAUUCAGCAGACCCACGAGCUGAUUGAGUACUGGCGCGAAUCGCAACCAGAUAGUAGGAGUGACAGCUUCGUGGCGGCCGACACACGGCAAGACACCCUCAAGCUCAGUCUCAAUGUUCUUACCAGUGCUGGCUAUGGUGUAGAUCUGCCCUUCAAGCCUCUGCCCCAGCAUAUGCUCCAGAGUCCGAAUGACAUCUUCAAGGACACCACUCCGCCACCGUCUGGGUUUGACUUUACAUUCCGAGCAGUGAUGUCCUACAUGAACGAACAUAUUACCACGGUUGCGAUAGCGAACAACAUGUUGCCAAAGUGGAUACCCAGAGCGCUGGUCCCAUUCUUCAAACAAGACUUUGCGGCGCAUCGGGAUUUGGAAUUGUAUCUUCACAAGUUAAUCGAGAAGACGGAAUGCGAACUGGACGCCACAGACACAGCGAGCGACCUGGUUCAAGGAAUGCUUCUUCCUAGAAAGACGGAGCAGCAGCCGACUUUGACUGACCGGGAGGUCAUCAGCAACUUGCAUAUUAUCACCAUUGCUGGACACGAGACCACGGCCACCACGCUGCGAUUUGCGUUCCUCCUUCUAGCUCUUCAUCCAGAUGUUCAAGUGUGGAUGUAUGAGGACCUGGUGGCGGCAAUCAAAGGGACUUCUUCGGACGCUAGGGAGUGGGACUACGGCACCAUGUUCCCUAAGCUAGUUGCUCCUUUAUGUGUCAUGCUUGAAACAAUGCGCCUCUAUCCCCCAGUCACAACUGUCCCGAAGUGGACUGGCGACUCGGCACGAACUAUACACUACCACGACAGAGACUACAUCCUGGAGCCUCGCGUCAACAUAAACCUGAACGCAGGCAGCCUCCACUAUUCCGAGAAAUACUGGGGCCGCGAUGCCGAUCAAUUCCACCCACAGCGAUGGGACCUGCGAAACGAGGACAGCUUCCUAGCACAAAACGCAAGCCUGCCAGGUCUCUCUGCCCCUGGGCUGGAGUACCCCACAAUCCACAAGCCGGUUCGAGGCGCAUACAUUGCAUUUAGUGAUGGCAUGCGCGCCUGUCUGGGGAAGAAGUUCUCACAGGUCGAGUUUGUGAUCGCGUUAGCGGUGAUCUUCAAAGAUUAUCGGGUCGAGCUGGCACACAAUACCAAGGAGGGGGUGAAGGAGGCGGAAAGAUCGUUACGAGAAUGCACUUCCAUCUUGACAUUGGCUUUGAGACAAAACAUACCGCUUCGCUUUCACAAGCGAUAGUCACGCUGGGCGAGGAUACGGGCUGGUGGGCAAUUCGGGAAAUAGCAGUCUUUCUUUCUGUCUAAGGGCUAUCUCAUUGAGCAGCUGAACCAUGACAAAGGGUAGGACGGCAGCAGACAAUACAUUGCUUCAUGUCAGCACGGCAGGGGUCGUUGUUUGUGUGUAGAGCAGUUCUUUCUUGACCGACCCUUUGUACCUUUGAAAAGGGCCAUUUUGCGCAAGUGUUCUUUUACCAAGCUAAUG